UUUCAGCAAAUAAUUCGUCGCCAAUGAUGCCAAAUUCAAUGCCAUCAUUUUUUGCUAAUCCCUUCAUGACACCAUUUAUGCCACAACAGGCUGCUACUGUAACUGCAACAUCACUGGGUGGUAGUAGUGGAUCAAUUGAUUGUUCUUCCCAAUUAACCGGUCCAGAAAAUGGUGAUUACCGAAGUAAUCCAUUACAAACCGGCAAUUAUGUUAUGCAAAGUUUACAAUGCCAAGAAAUGAUGCAACAUUAUAUUCAAAGUUUGAUGGCAGCUGCAUCACAUCUUCCUGGUAGUAAUAUGUCAUUAGAUGGUACUGGUACCACUACUACUAUUACUACUACUACUACUACUACUGCCAUUACUACUACUACUACUAAUACUACUACUACUACUACUACUGAUAAUCAGUCUUUGGAUGAUAAUCAGGAGCAGUCAUCCGUUAUUGAUUCCGGUCAUUUCCAGAUAGAUUUUCCGAAUGCUUUACCUGCUUUAAUUCAAAGUAUGCAACAACAGCUCUAUCUAAACAAUCCAGCUGUAUCACAAUAUGCUAAUCCUGUUCCGGUAGAGAUUUUUAGUAUAUUCAAUCAUUUUAAAAGAUUACUGAAUCCAGCUAAUUGA